AUGCCUAACCGACCCGCAAUAUCGUCCAUGUCCCUAGGCCGGGCUUGGGCUGGCCAUUCUAUGGACGAGAAGAUUGCCCAAGCCGCCGCCCAUGGUUUUGAAGGAUUGGAAGUGUUUUUUGAAGAUAUCGAAUAUCUUGCACGAGCGCUAUCCGGGGCUGAUCCGAGUGUUCCGUCCAUUUUUCGAUACCAAUUGGAAGCAGCGAGGCAAAUCCGCGGGCUCUGUGAUCAACAUGGACUAGAAGUAGUUUGCUUACAACCAUUUAUGUUCUACGGUGGAUUGAAAGAUCGGACGGAACACCAGAAAUGCCUUGACAAGCUCAGAGAGUGGUUUCAACUACUCAAGGUCCUAGGGACGGACCUGAUUCAGGUCCCCACCAAUUUCCUGCCCGCUGACGAGAUUGCGUCCGACACCGACGCCCUAGUCAAGGAUAUGAGACAAAUAGCCGAUAUGGGACUGGCUGAAUCACCGCAUGUACGGUUUGCAUUUGAGAAUGUCGCCUGGGGUACAUACAUCGACACAUGGGAGGGGGUCUGGGAGGUUGUGAAGAGAGUUGACCGGCCGAAUUUAGGUCUCUGUUUGGAUACUUUCAAUAUUCUUGGUCGAAUUUGGGCGGACCCUGCAUCUCCGACUGGAAAACUCGCUGAUGCGGAUGAUGUGCUCACAAACUCCCUCGAACGUCUAAAACAAAAUGUCCCUCGUGAAAAAGUGUUCUAUGUACAGGUGGUAGAUGCAGAACGUCUAGAACUGCCGAUGAAUGAUCGACAUCCUUUGUGGGUUGAAAAACAGCCGCCUAGGAUGACCUGGAGUCGCAAUUGCCGAUUGUUUGUAUUCGAGAAUGAUCGAGGUGGCUAUAUGCCUGUCGUAGAUCUAGCAAAGGUCAUUUUCCACGACAUAGGAUUCCAAGGAUGGGUGUCGAUGGAACUAUUUUCACGGUCCAUGGCGUCUGCAGAACGAAAUGUCCCUGUGAGCCAUGCAGACAGAGCGUCAGUAGCUUGGAGGAAACUUAAAGAAAAGCUGAGCUUAUAG